CUAUUUUAUAAAUACUCAAAGAGUAAAAGGAGUUUUUACUAAUUCAGAGAUGAUCAUUACAAGGGCCAAAUGGCCGAAAUAUAUAAGGAGGGGAGAGGAGGGAAAACACACAAUAUAAUGAAUGCAAAUACAAGGAACCUUCCUACAUCCCUUUAUCAUUCACUAGCUUCCAAUCUUGAGUUGAUAAGGGCUGAUUUUGUUUGACUUUUGUCUUGGCUUUGGAGCUGGCUUUGUCUGUCCUGUUGUGGAGGCAAAAAUCACAAAGAAUGAAAUCCUUUGAUGAUUGUGGUGGAUAUUCUGGCUAAAAAGAGGGGACAAACAAAGAUGGGUGAUGGAUGGUGUAUUGGCCUUAUAUUCUUGGUCAUAUGAGGUGACUGAUUUAGUAGGUGGUGUAUCAACAACAACUCAAAUGUCCCUUGGCUUUUUGUGGUUGUUUAUUCAGCCCUAGUAGGGAACAUAAAGGGGACAAGAAUGGGGAAUAUCUUGGUUGAUGUUGUGUUGGGAUAAUGAGGGAUAUUUGGCCUGGGAUUUAUAGAAAAGGAUAGAAGAUGCUCUGUACACAAUCAUCCAAUUCAGGAAGGAGCUAUGCUUGACAAGAUAGCAUGUUGUGAGCCAUUUACAGGUCCGUGUUAUUCUUCAAAUUCUGUUAAUGAGCAAUAUUUUCUGCAUUUUUUAAUUUUGAUUCCAAAUUUCCUAAAUCGGAUUUCCUUUUCCUUUGUUUAUCGAUCGAUACCGAGGCAAAAAGUUGUUAUUCCACAAUCUGCAUCAAUAGCCAGCCAAACCAAGAAAGCAGUCAUCGGCCUAAUCUUCUACAAAUGUCUGUUUGGGAUUGAAUCUCUUUUUGAAAGCACAAUUGCCAAGUCUCCUUCCUUCUUAAAGGGAUUUCAAUCGAAGGCAGAAAUAGCACAACUCGGAAUUUCAAAUUUUGAGAUCGGAAUAGGUAAUUUCCAUUUGUUUCUGGAGAGGUAAAUUGGAUCUCAAUUAGUUCGGACAUGGUGCAAUCGGUUGAUUUUCUAAGAAUUUCAGAGUAAUUUUGUUCAUUUUCUUUAACCUCUUUUACACUUUGUCUCUGUAAAGUGUUGGAUUUGGUAGGAGUGUUUAUUAUAUUAAUAGUGAUAUUCAGAGUCUAGGCAUGGCGCCCAUCAUCAGGGGUUCAAUUAGCAAAAAAAUAGGGAUUUGUAUUCCAGUCCAAAAUCUAACGUGUAAGGCAGGUAGUUGCUGUAUGAUCAAGGUUCCGGCUCUUGCAGCUGUGGGAUGCUUCUAACAUGCUGUUGAUUGACGAGGAGGUAGUAGUAUGUUUUAUUUGGGAUACUGCUUUGAUGACCGACCAGCUCUCCGCAGAGAUGAAGUCUUGGACACCACCCCGUCGCACCUGAUCCUCCUCGCACUUAGGCUUCUCAAAUGUGUUUCAUGUAUGGUGGUGAUUCAUACUUCUUGAAUCUUAUUAAAACUCCAGGUCAUGUAGAUUUUUCGUAUGAGGUGUCCAAACACCAAAUUGUAUAAGGCAGACAGUCUUUGAUGCAGUGGCGUGGAAUUAUUAAUCUGUAACUGUUAUUGUUGAUGCAACGGCUGCUGCAACAUGUGAAGUACAUGCUUGCUUUCCCAAAGCCUUCGUCAACGGAUCCGCGAUAUUGUCGUCUGUACCUAUCUUGCAAAUCUCAACGUCCCCACGUGCAACGAUUUCUCGUAUGAUGUGAUAACGUCUAACGAUGUGUUUGGUCUUCUGGUGAGACCGAGGUUCUUUCGCUUGUGCAAUUGCCCCAUUGUUGUCGCAAAACAACGGUAUAGGGUUCUUGAUGCUAGGAACCACUCCAAGCUCAGUAAUAAAAUUCUUGAGCCACA